GUGCCGCCAGGCGUGGCGCCCUGCGUGGUUGCUUCUCCGCGGAGAUGCCCAGCCGAGGUGAGCGACCCGAGGACGGCGCUGGGGUCGUCCCUGCUGAGAGCUCGACCCCGCACAAGGAGGAGCUCAGCAGCAAGAUUAAAGAACAAAAAGUAGUUGUGGAUGAACUUUCUAACCUGAAGAAGAACAGGAAAGUAUAUAGGCAGCAACAGAACAGCAACAUAUUCUUUCUUGCAGACCGAACAGAAAUGCUUUCUGAAAGCAAAAAUAUAUUGGAUGAGCUGAGGAAAGAAUAUCAAGAAAUAGAAAACUCAGAGAAAACCAAAAUCAAGAAAUAGCCAACUUGAUUUUACAGAGCAAUGUGUGGCAUUUGUUGUGCAGUAAGCUUUUCUGUUGAGCAUUUUAG